AAGAAUCCAAAUCUCAGUAUAACAAAGAAUAUCUCGGUAUUGAUUUGAUAUUGCGCGGUAUUCGAACUUUUUUGUCCUUUAUACAUCUGUUCUAGUGAUCACGAUAAACCGACAUCAUGGGUUCCAGCAACAAGAAGAAGCGCGAGAAGCAAAAGGACUUCCAGAAACCGAAGUUCAAGGUGGGGAAGGAUAAGCCGAAAGCUUCCAAUUUUACAGAUACGAGUUUCAAGUCAAAGGCUAUUGUGAUGGGACAUCAGUCACUCUCAACAGUCGCACCUGAUGUCGUUCAACAAUUCAAACAUAAUCUCUCACUCGCCUCUUCUUCAAAGUCAGAUAAACAAAGACGAGAAGCACUGGCUUAUCUCACUUCACAACUUUCAUCAGAACCCCCUAUCAAUCCAGUGGGAACACAUGCGGUUCUCGCCAAGCUGCUUCCACUCAUCUCUGAUAGCUCGACGCCAGUUCGAAGUCAACUUCUUAAGCUUUUCAGAGAAUUACCCGCUGAAGAGGUCAGACACAGUGUGGAACAAGCCAUCAUGUUUAUCCGGGCAGGUAUGACACAUCUCUCGGCAGACAUCAGCAACGACUCUCUUGGUGUAAUGGAAUGGAUUUUGGAUGUUGCAGAGAACGACUUGAUUGUGUGCCCUGGUGGUUGGGUGAAGACACUGAACAGUUUCUGUGCCAUGAUGGGGUGGGCAUUGACAACUUCAAAGGCCGGAUGGUCUUCUGGUUCAAGAUCUGGUUUGCGCGCAAAGGAUGCUUCGACAUAUGCCCGACAAAUCGCCACGCUAUCACGGUUCCUGGAGGCUGGUCUUCGGCUUGAAGCUGAGAUUCCCGAGGACGAGUCAGAAAUAUGGGACAACUUGUAUCGAAUCCCACAAGACUCCAAUGCAUUCGAAUAUCUCAACCUUUAUGGUACUCGGCGAGACGAAGAGGGAGAAAUGUAUCCUAGUCGGGAUGCCAGACAACGAGUAUUUGAACGAAGAUUUUUGGAGGCAGUGCUGAAGGGUACAGACCAAGCAAAAAAGGAGGGCGGUGCUACUGGUCGAGCGGCAGCUGGCCUUGAUAAAGUUCUUCAAGAUGGAAUGGGCGAAUAUGAAAGCUCGACGGCAAUGGAUACCCAGGAUCUUCUGAGCCUUUGGUGAAAGGUUUAAGCUGACCUCAUAAUAAUAUCUACUAGUUUCGUCACGUGAGAAGAGCCACUCACUUUGUUUGAGCUCGGUGUGUUGUUAAUGACAACUUUUGUGUAGUCACUACGAGAUUUGAUGUAUAUUGAGCUGAGUGUAACGUGCGACAGUGCAAAAGUUUGAAUCUCUUGUAUGUACUGAACGCAGCUGGGCCAAUAGGAGAACGUUCAAACGGGUUCCUCCAUAGCUGGGCCGCUUGGGCAAGAUUUGGUGUUUGAGUGUUUAGACCCAAAUCCAUCAAGUCCCUCCAGAGUUGAAAACGUGUCAAUCGUAUGGAAAUAAAAAACAUGAUUGUCUGACCUUGUAGCUUUGUAGUUUACUGGAGCCCCAGAGCAUACUACAUACCAGCGCUUCCUUCACACGGCGGCAAUGUGAUAUCGGAG